AUGCCCUUUAUGAGUGACUACUGGAAAUUUCUUGGAAAUUCCCUCUAUGGUUCAUUUCUGUCCCGCCCCCGAAAAUAUCGGAACAUUGUCUUGUGCAAGACAAAGAAAGAAUUUCUGAAACACACAAGAAAACCGAGCUACAAAAAUUUCAGAAUCUUUGCCCAGAAUUUCUGUGCUGUAGAGUGCCUGAAAAAGGAAGUGACACUGUCUCAGCCCAUCUUUGUGUCGAGCUUCGUGCUAGACCAUUCAAAGCUACACUUAACCAAAUUGUUUUGGGAGUUGAAAUCACACUUUUCUACUGAAAAAGGGAAAAAUCUCCAGACGCUCCAGUUUGACACUGACUCUCUGAUAAUAAAGGUCACUACAGAGGAACUGGAAAAAGAUUUAAUGAAACUUAGUCAUUUAUUUGACUUCUCCAGCCUGCCAGAGUGGCAUGCAUUGUACGACGCCUCCAGGAAGAAAGUUCCCGGGUUGUUAAAGAUUGAGCUUGGCGGGCGCGUGAUUACUGAGAUGGUCGCGGUAAAAAGUAAAGUCUACGCCAUCCGUCAUCUCCCGUGGAAAAAGCCUACCCACCUAGGGGUCGACGGUGUCGACGUCCCGCCCGUGCCAGCCCGAUCCGGUCCGACGCGGGCCGGCGUGACUAGUCCGGCGGCAGCCGACACUCAACUGACACGAGAGGAGAGAGAGAGAGAGGGGGGUCAAGAGGAGGAGCAGGAGGGGUGGGGUGUAAUGAGGAGGUGUAAAGGAAUCCCAUCUUCAACAUUAAACAAAGAUGUCGCCUUCAGAGACUACAAAAAUUGUAUUUUUGAAGGAUUCAAAAAAGAAGUCACUUUUUUCGCUAUUCAAAGCGAUGGUUAUUACAACGUGCACACAGUACAGCAAAGGAAGAGCUGCCUUUCAGCAUUUGAUAAUAAGCGAAAGAUACUAGAGGACGGCCUGACCACGAUCCCUUUCGUAAUCGAUUUAGAGGGCCGCGAGACAAAUUGGCCAGAGCCUAAUGACGACCCCGGCUCUGAGAACCUUCAGACUCUAAUUGAACUGAUGGAGACGAACGCUCAUGUGUGAGGUCACAUGUGACACCCGGCGCGGGCCGGCGGGCGGCGCGGGGCGGACGGC